CUAUAGCAGGUUCAAAUAACUUCCAAACUACAGAAUCAAAAUGCAAUCAGAAAAAUGUAUUUGAGUUGGAUUUAUUUUCUGAAAAUGACUGCCUGCUGACCUGUUUAGUACUUGACACUGACGCAUGAUGGAGGAGGAAAGUAAUAUUUCCGACGCUGAUGAUAGUCCUCCGACAUGCGAUGGCGGACUGUGCAGCUUGAUCUUGUAUGAAACUGCCGCGCGAUUUUACCUGGUUGGAGCUAACGCUACCCAGGAUCGUUAUAAAGUUCUUAAAAUUGAUCGGUCGGAACCGAGGGAGUUUAAUCUUCGAGAUGACGGCGUGGAAUACACGGAAAACGAGUUGACCAGCCUGUUGAAUUCCCUGGAUCAAGGCAACCGUGGCAAAGCACGCAAUGCCUUGGUUCCAUCGGGACUGAAUCGGAAGUUGUCAGCUUUUGGAUUGUUGGGCUUUGUUAAAUUCCUCGAAGGUUUCUCCAUGGUCCUUAUAACGAAGCGUCGGAAAGUGGCACAGAUUGGGUAUCAUCAUGUGUACAAAAUCGAAGAGACGGAAAUUAUUCCGCUGGCUCCGGAACCAAUAUCGGUCAUGGGACCACUGGAGCAACGCUCUAAAACAUUCCAGACCAUUGAUCUGUCCAGUAAUUUUUAUUUUAGCUACAGUUAUGACAUCACGCACACUUUACAGCAUAAUAUGGACGGUGGAAAUGGGCAUCUAGAGAAGUCAUCCAGCGGUGAACCGGCAUGGAGAUUUGUGUGGAAUGAAUAUUUGUUGAAACGGUUAAUUGUGGAAGGAAUUGGGCGGGAUUGGUUAGUGCCAGUUAUCCAUGGAUUCGUCUGUCAGUCGGAAAUUAAAGUAUUUAGUCGCUGUCUCUUGUUAACGGUUAUCGCGAGAAGGUCCAAUAAAUUUGCAGGAACCCGCUUUUUAAAGCGUGGAGCAAAUUCCCAAGGUCACGUGGCCAAUGAAAUAGAAGUAGAGCAAAUUCUUCACGAUACAACCUACCGAAAUCAGCGAUUGACAUCCUUCGUACAGUUGCGUGGCUCGGUCCCGGGCUACUGGAGCCAAGAAUCGUCCAAAAUGAUCGCCAAACCGCCCAUUGUUUUGGACCGUAUGGAUCCGUUCGCCGCCAGUGCCGGUGCUCAUUUCGGCGAUCUGAUGAGUCGCUAUGGCUCUCCCAUCUGCUGCCUUAACUUGGUGAAGAAGCACGAGAUUCGGAAACACGAAUCCUUACUGACGGAUGAGUUAACCGAAGCGAUCUCGUAUCUCAAUCAGUUUCUAACGGAAGAGCACCAUAUCCGCUACACCGGCUUCGAUAUGGCCAGGGCUAAUAAGAAGGGCGUGGCCCUGGAUAAUUUGGAGAACAUCGCCAAAAAACUCAUUAAACAUGUUGGUUUUUUCUGCUCGUUUCGGGAACUUUUCUGUCAUGUCUUCCGUUGCGACGCUUUCUACCGCGAAGUGCAGCGCGUUCCCGUUGAUACGGAUACUGAACUGCCGGCAGUGCGCAGACAGCAUGGAACCAUACGAAUUAAUUGCGUGGACUGCUUGGAUCGGACCAAUACAGCAGCUUUUGUUGUGGCGAAAUGCGUUCUCGGCUUGCAGGUGUAUGCUUUGGGAUUGUCGGAUUCUCCGCAUUUAAAUUUCGAUACUGAUGCCGUGCGAAUGCUGGAAGACAUGUUUGAAGAUUUGGGCAAUGUUCUGGCAUUGCAGUACGGCGGUUCGCAGUUGGUUCACCGAGUUGAAUCAUACCGACAUCAUGGAUGGGGAACCAGCUCGAAAGAUUGGAUGCGGACUGUGUCUCGAUAUUACAGCAAUACUUUCUCCGACUUUGACAAGCAGGCGGCAAUCAAUCUGUUCCUUGGAAUUUUUGAACCUGACAAGCACAAAACGCACUUGUGGGAACUGCAAACUGAUUAUUUUCUUCACCAUCCGUGGAUCCAUGACCCAGCCAAACAUUCCCCUCCGAAAGGUUAUUCGCAAUGGCUCUCUGAAGAGGUGGCAGUGGUUUUGCCGGAUAUCUGGGAAGACGUGGCACAGACUACCAAACAUUACCUUCCUUUUGAUGCUUUCGGUGUAUACUACAAGGUUUUUCAGUUUGGAACCUUAAAGGAAGUGUUCACGGCCAUGAUUCCAAAUACUGUGACGGACUACAUGCCGGAUUUCAAUACUGACCCAUCUCCAUUUGUUUCCCGUAGUAAAGGAAUUAUGAAAAAUGUGACGACGUUGCUGGAUCCAGCUCUGUCAUCAAGUCCAUCUACUAACACACCCACUGAUGCUGGAAUCUAUUAUGGAAGUGAUUUGGAUAACGAUACUUCCGAUACGGAUUAUGAACCACGGGAAACUCCGAUCAAGACAACCGUGGGUCAGUUCCAUUUUCGACACGCGGCUCCCUUCGCUUUGAAAUCCCGGUUUAAAAGCUUCGAGCAACAUUACGGUGUGGCCUUGCGCCGACCUAAUCCCAGCGAUCGCGUGCUGUAUCAACGAUUCGCCCAGGUAUGGCAUAAUGCCACGCGUCUGCCAGGUAGUGAAGCUGUAAACCUGACCGAACGAGUCCGCUCGUCUUCCACCCAGUUGAUACAAAGAAGCGCGUUUUCUUUGGAUUCCUCUUAUGAAGUCACACCGCCGACAGUUAAUCGCCGGUCGAGGGAACUGUACAAGGCGUACGUAGAAGGACUGAACCAGAACAGAGCUCGAAUGGCGGAUGCGGAGCUUUAUAAAAAGUACGUUGAGUCGGGCUAGCCGUUAUUUUGGAUUAUUUAUUAGCCUGGAGGGAACUUUGUGAUAACUGAUAGUGAUAAAUUUUAUUGUGAUUGAAUUUGGAGAUUUUUUUGCAUGGAGUCAUAGACCGUGUGUGAUGUGAUGGUUUUGUAUUUAUCUUGAAAAAUUU